AUGAAGAGAUUUUUCAAGAGAAGCGACGACGACGAUAGAUCCGAAUCUUCAUCACAGAUGUUACAGGCCGAUUCUAUCUCGGUGUCAUCUAAAACAACAACUGCAAGUUCCACUUCCAAAAAAAGUAGCUUAAUCAAGUGUCAUGUGCCUUUUGAGCAACCGGUUAACCCAAUCAAGCGUCAAGUUUUUGAUCUCGAUGAAGAACAACAAGAAAAGUAUGAUAGCAUAUUGGCACACUUUGAAGAAUAUAUCACCAAAGAUAUACCUGUGAACGACCAACCAAACGCGCCAACACAUCCCAUUUUGGAAGAAGAAUUAGCGUGGUUAACUAAGGAAUGUUUCUUGAGAUUCUUGAGAGCUACAAAGUGGAAAUUAGAUGCCGCCAUAGAAAGAAUUGAAGAUACAAUAGUAUGGAGAAGAACUUUUGGUGUCAUCAAUGUUCCUGGCCAUACAGAUCCAACUAAACUUCUUACUGCUGACUUGGUUGCAGCUGAGAAUGAGACUGGGAAAAACUUGAUUGUUGGAUAUGACCUUGAUAACAGACCAUGUCUCUACUUGCGCAAUGGUUAUCAGAAUACCUCUGCUAGUCUCAGACAAGUUCAACAUUUGGUUUUCAUGCUUGAAAGGGUUAUUCAAUACAUGCCUCCAGGACAAGAUAGUUUAGCUUUGUUAAUUGAUUUCAAAGCAGCUCCAGCUGAAUUAAAUUUAUCUUCAAAAUUCCCAUCCUUGUCAAUCUCUAAGCAAUGUUUGCAUAUAUUACAGAGUCAUUACCCAGAGAGACUUGGUAGGGGUUUGUUUACCAAUAUUCCUUGGAUAGGAUAUACUUUUUUCAAAGUUGUUGGUCCAUUUAUCGAUCCAUAUACAAGACUGAAAACCAUAUACGAUCAACCAUUCGAAAACUUCGUUCCAAAGGAGCAGUUGGAUAAAGAAUUUAAUGGUAUGUUGGAUUUCGAGUAUAUCCAUGAAGUCUACUGGCCAAAAAUGAAUGAAAUUGCCGAAAAAAAGAGAGAAACAUAUAUGAAAAAUUUUAAAAAAUUAGAUUCAAAAAUUGGUUUAAGUGAGUAUGAUUUGAGAUUAGAAGAGUAA